AUGCCCGACCUGGAGAAGAUCCACGCCUUCCCACAAGCCCUGAAGGACAACCGGAGGACCAUAACAACCGUCAAGGUCUACCUGGUGAACUUCUCACAGUUCAUGGACUACUUCUCCGAGACUCCGCCGAGAGGAUCCAGGCGGACCAGGAGACAGAUCAGGGCUGUGGGCAGGGCGGUCAGAGCGGACCUCCAGCAGAUCGGAACCGAGAUAACGCUCCACCAGAUCUCCGUUAAGCGCUCCAAGGCGAAGAGGUCCAUCACCAGGAAGCACCUGCGGAAGUGCAAGAGCCUGGCCACGGCGACCAUCCCUGUCCUGCUGGGGAAGCUGGAGGCAGCACCACCGAACGUCCAGCUCCGCCACAGGCUCUACGGCUACCUGGCCUGCUACCUGUCUGCUGUCUACGGCCACCGGCCUGGCGUGCUGACCAACAUGACGGUGGAGGAGCUCCAGGAGGCGAUAGAGGAUGCUGAGGAAGGCUCUCCAGGCUUUGUAAUCAAUGUGAGGAACCACAAGACCAACAGGGCCUUCGGAGCUGCCCAGCUGUUCCUGACCCACGCGGAGUUCACCUGGUUCGUCCGCUGGCUGUCGAUCCGGAGCACGCUGAACCCACCGUGCAAGUUCCUGCUGUUCAGCAGCAACCAGAAGCGGAUCGCCAAGCUGACGCGGUUCUCCCAGUGUGCCUGGACGGAGAUGGGGCUCCCAGGCCGGCCGACCAUGACUGAUUUCCGCAGCGCAGUGGCGACACAUGCAAGGGAUGCACACAGCAGCGAGGUCAGAGGAUAGCUCGCGCGGGUCAUGUGCCACGACACCAGGACUGCAGACAGGUUCUAUGCCAACCAGCUCACUGCGGAACAACUGGCGGACAUCAGAAGCAAGUUUGACAGGGCUACAGCACCACAAGUUUCUCCAGGAUCUGGAACCU